GAAUGCACAAACAAUAAAUAAUCAGGCCGUUAGUUAAUCGGUAUGAUUAAAUUAAACCUUUGAUUAAAUUAGAUUGGUAUGCACAAAACAAAAACACUCCUUGAUUAACUAACCAAGGUGAUUAAGCAUUGAUUAAAUAUUUAGUAAGAAUUGGCGCCGGCAACGUUGUACUUUUAUGGAAAUGUGUGAUUUUUUUUACAAAGCCUACUUUAGUGGAACGCUUUUCUUUUUUGUUAUCUGUCAUCUAAUAAUCAAUUUAUAUUAUUGGGUUAAUAAUGGAAAAGAAGAUACGGGGAAAAAACUUUACCGAAGUGGAAAGAGAACAUUUACUCCAAAUAAUUGAAUCUAAGAAACAUAUACUAGAAUCGAGAGUGACGAGCGCCCAGAUCCUUCUGCAGAAACAGCAAGCUUGGAAGUGCGUUACAGAAGAUUUUAACUCCGAAUGUAUCAGCAAAAGAACCACCAAGCAAUUAAAGCAUUUUUAUGAUAACAUAAAGCGGAAUGCGAGAAAAGCGGAGGCAUCGAGUAAUAAAGAAAGGUACCGAGAGCAAUUAAAAAAAGCUUUCGAUGGAGAAAUGUCACAAGACGAUAUAGAAAAGCUUCCAGAAGAAGCUUUAUAUGCCGCAAAAUGUGAAAAGGAAGGAAGAAAGAAAACUGGAGGAGGAAGCUGCGAAAGCACCACCAACGACUCAAUGAGUCUGGUGCUAUCGAUAAUGGGUGAUACGGUAAAGCCUUUACCAAAUCCAUUUGAUAGUGCCAGCUCUUAUCACGAUGACGAGGCAAUAUUGCUAUUAGAACCUUCUCCCCCAGCAAUCAUCCCUGAAGUGGUGGACCAAAGUAUACCAUCCUGUUCCUUUUCUUCCAUAGCUGAUCGCCAACCUGCGCCAAAAGGUGGAAUAAUUGCUGCAAAACGGCGACCUAAAACUAAGAUGUCCAUUCAACAAAUUAAAAAAAAUUACUACCUUCAAAAGUUGAAGAAUGCUAGGCUGGAAUACAAUGUUAUGGAAAUUGUACCGGAAGUGGGAAAUUAUUUGCAACAACCCUUAAAAACCAUAACGCUGCAAGAUACAGUUUAG